UUUUUUGGUUUAAAAGUUCUUUUCUUACACCAUACAGUUUUUAAAACUUUAUUUGCAGCUCACUUAAAUCAUUUACUGGAGUUCUACAUGCAUCAAGAUUCCAGUUUUCUGAAAGCUUGCAUGGUUGUAGGUUUUCAGCUUGGGUACACUGUGAUCUUUGGGUUAUAUGCAUCAUUUCUUUUUGUCCGAACUGGACAUAUAGCAGCACCACUUGUGUCGCACGUGUUUUGUAAUUUCAUGGGCCUUCCUGCAUUCUUUUCUCCAAGGACAAGAAUGGUGAGUGUGGGAUUUGUUGCAGGGGUAGUUGGAUUUGUAUAUCUUUUGUUUCCACUCACUUCCCCUGAGUUGUACAAUCAUAAAAUUGUUUGA